GGUAUUUUCGACUGCGUCAAACAAACAGUGAAAGGACAUGGCGUGUUUGGACUCUAUCGAGGUUUAUCAAUUCUGAUAUAUGGCUCCAUUCCUAAAUCAGCGUUCAGGUUUGUUCUUUAUGUCAAAUUCAUUCACGAUCAAGCCCUUGAAAAGCCCCGAUUUAGAGGCUUUAUUCAUGGCCUUAGUUGUAUUAUAAAGGACGAAGGAAUAGGGGUGAACAAAGGCCUUUUCGGUCGCGUAUUGAACUCUCUACUUCCAGGUUUAUCAGAAGCUGUAUUUGCUGUCACACCUAUGGAAACAAUCAAAGUCAAAUUUAUUCACGAUCAAGCCCUUGAAAAGCCCCGGUUUAGAGGAUUUAUUCAUGGUCUUAGUUGUAUUAUAAAGGACGAAGGAAUAGGGGGUAUCUACAAAGGUGUUACAGCAACGAUGUUGAAACAAGGCUCAAACCAGGCUAUGCGAUUUUUUGUUAUGGAAACAUUGAAAGACUGGUAUCGAGGUGGCGACAAUAGCGUUGCCAUACCUAAACCUAUUGUUGGUUUGUUCGGUGCAUGUGCGGGUCUGGUUUCUGUUUAUGGUAAGUUCGGCAAAUACCUUUUUCAAAUAAUUAAUGUGAAUACGAACAUUCAAAAAUCCCUGGAUACCUCAAAACUAGCCAAAAUGGUCAGGACUGUUGCUAUGCUAACAAUAUAG